GGGCUGGGGCGCGCGGCUGCCCGGAGGCGCGCAGGAGGGCAAGACUGGGGAAGGGGGAGUGUCUGGCCGCCACCGCCGCCGCCGCCACGGCUGCUGCCGCCCCGACUGAGGAGUUCGCUGAAGCCCUUUCCUCAGACCUGGCCCGUCUUCCCGCCCGGACACCCGGCGCUGGGCGCACUUACCGCUCUGACGGUACAGAAGAGGGAGUUGCCUCAGACUGUGGAGCGGCGGGGACGGCCCCAUCCCCCCUUCCCCUCCCUGACCCGUUCUCGCCAUCGCCCCGGUCAUGGGGAACGCGUCGACCGCCAAGAAAGGCAGCGAGGUGGAGAGCGUGAAAGAGUUUCUAGCCAAAGCCAAAGAAGACUUUCUGAAAAAAUGGGAGAAUCCUCCUCCGAAUAAUGCUGGGCUCGAGGAUUUUGAAAGGAAAAAAACCCUUGGAACAGGUUCAUUUGGAAGAGUCAUGUUGGUGAAACAUAAAGCCACUGAACAGUAUUAUGCCAUGAAGAUCUUAGAUAAGCAGAAGGUUGUUAAACUGAAGCAAAUAGAGCAUACUUUGAAUGAGAAAAGAAUAUUACAGGCAGUGAAUUUUCCUUUUCUUGUUCGUCUGGAGUACUCCUUUAAGGAUAAUUCUAAUUUAUACAUGGUUAUGGAAUAUGUCCCUGGGGGUGAAAUGUUUUCACAUCUAAGAAGAAUUGGAAGGUUCAGUGAACCCCAUGCUCGGUUCUAUGCAGCUCAGAUAGUGCUAACAUUCGAGUACCUUCAUUCUCUAGACCUCAUCUACAGAGAUCUAAAACCUGAAAAUCUCUUAAUUGACCAUCAAGGUUAUAUCCAGGUCACAGACUUUGGAUUUGCCAAAAGAGUUAAAGGCAGAACCUGGACAUUAUGUGGCACUCCAGAGUAUUUGGCUCCAGAAAUAAUCCUCAGCAAGGGCUACAAUAAGGCAGUGGAUUGGUGGGCGUUAGGAGUGCUAAUCUAUGAAAUGGCAGCUGGCUACCCCCCAUUCUUUGCAGACCAGCCAAUUCAGAUUUAUGAAAAGAUUGUUUCCGGAAAGGUCCGAUUCCCAUCCCACUUCAGUUCAGAUCUCAAGGACCUUCUAAGGAACCUGCUGCAGGUGGAUUUGACGAAGCGAUUUGGAAAUCUAAAGAAUGGUGUGAGUGAUAUAAAAACUCACAAGUGGUUUGCCACAACAGAUUGGAUUGCUAUUUAUCAGAGGAAGGUUGAAGCUCCAUUCAUACCAAAGUUCAGAGGCUCUGGAGAUACCAGCAACUUUGACGAUUAUGAAGAAGAAGAUAUCCGUGUCUCUAUAACAGAAAAAUGUGGAAAAGAAUUUGGAGAAUUUUAGAGAGGAACAAGAUGACAUCAGAGCUCACACUCAGUCUUUGCACUCUGUUGAGAGUUAAGGUGGAGCUGAAACCAUCCUUGUUGAAGCAGUUACCUAGUUCCUUCAUUCCAACAACUGAGUGAGGUCUUUAUUGCCAUCAUCCGUGUGUGCACUCUGCAUCCACCUAUGUAACAAGGCACCGCUAAGCAAGCAUUGUCUGUGCCAUAACACAGUACUAGACCACUUUCCUACUUCUCUUUGGUUUGUCUUUCUCCUCUCCUCCUACAUCCAUUUCUUCCUUUUUCAUUUUCAUUCGUUUUUCUCUACACACUGAUCCAUUUUAUUUUAUUGGUGUUUCAGACAGGCAGUGUUAUGACUAUGUGAUAUUUGAAGAAAAGGAUAAGUGUUGCUUUUAGUAGUUCUUGCCAGUAUUUUUGUUGGUCAUUGGCUUGAUGAUAAACUUUGUAGUAACUGGUUUUACUUUGAGUAGCUCAGAUUCAGUUUUGCCAAAACUCUUGACAAUUUUUGAAGAUAAAAUCGGCAAGGAAAAUUAAUUAAGACAAUAACUUCCUUGGAAUUCACUCUUCUGACAAUAAAUUUGGAUAUACUACUACAGAGUAGCUAAACCCAACAAUGUGGAUUCCCUUUGACUCCUUUUAUAUCAUCUUCCCCUUGAGUAAUUAAGUGACCAACCUGUGCAAAGUGACAAAUAUGUCUCAUACAGCAGGAAAAACUAAUAAUAUGGAUCAUCACCCAGAUUCUCUCACUUGGUACCAGCAUUUCUGUAGGUAUUAGAGAAGAUUUCUAAGGUUUAUAAACCUUAACUAAGGAUUUUAGCCAGUAUUUUAAUAGAACAUUAAUGAAAGAGACAAAUUUUAAAGUUUCUCAAAUAGUCCUUAUUGUAAACUUUUUAAAGGAAAAGAAGCAAACUAAAAAGAACAUUGGUUUGGAUACUUUGCUAAGCCAAAUAGAUGGUUUGAUUCUUGCAAACAGUAUAGAGGUACUCUUAUUUAAAUGAAGUUUUAUUCUUUGUUUUGUUAUGUAACAGUUAACAAAAGAAGUUGUUACCAGUUUAUUUUUAUGGUGUACUAUAUGUAAGCCUAAGGUAGGAGCACUGUUGCAACUUCUGCUUUCAUCCCAUGCCUCAUUAAUGAGGAAAGAUUAAUGAGGAAAGAUUUAUAAAACUGCCACUAUUGUAUUUUAAUUUUGAGGUGUAAUAUUUUUAGAUAUGUCAUAAUUUCUAACCUCUUUUCUCUCAGUAAACAGAAUGUAUGAUCAUGCAGAUAGAAUUUUAGUAUUUGAGUUUAGUUUUUUUUAGUACUUUGCCAACUGACAAUAACAUUACUGUCAUGCGAAAAUUUCAAGCAUUUUUGCACAUUCAAUUCAGGGCUUGUUGAGAAUCCAUGGCUUAACUCGGUUUCUUUACUUUUUUUUUCUUUGCUUUUAAUUUUCCCCAUCUGGUUUUAUUUCUGCAUCUCAGUGACCUAUCUUAAAACACACCAAAAUAGUUUAAAAUAAACUACAUUAUUUUUUAUGAUCAAUUUACAUGCAUAUAAAAUGAAUUGUUUUUAAUCAAACUGAUCUUAAUGUAUAUAACUAUUCUGUUUGCUUCAUUAUUGGUGCAGGUAGGUCACUGUCACUGUUCUUUCAAUAUAUACCACACCCUUGUAAAACCUUUGAAGACAUUGAAAAAUCUUGUCUGAGUUGUUCUCUCCACCAAUAUCUUAUGUCUUUUGGUUGUCAAGUGUUUCUGCAUGGUAAUGUCACAUAAAGGCUGAUAAUAACUUCAGUUGGUCCACCUAUAUUUAAAACAUGCAAGAAAUUUUUGAAAUAUUCUGCUGUAGCAAGUUUUAUGUAACAAAGGUUUAUCGUCAUGUUAAUAAACAAAACAUCAUUUGUAUAAAAUAUUUUAAUUAAUUUUAAAAAUUUCAUUUAGACUUGAGAACAUGCUGAUCAUUGUAUUCUAUAUGUAUGCUACAAAUUCUAUGGUAGCUUUGUUGUAUAUUAUUGUAAAAUUAUUUUAAUAAAUCAUGGGGAUGACAAUUUGAUUAUUACAAUUUAGUUUUCAGUAAUCGAAAAGAUUUCUAUGAAUUCUAAAAACUAUUUUUCUCUAUAAAAUUACUAGUGCCCAGCUAUAGAACCUACCUAGGUAGAUGACCCGUAGGCAUAUUUGGUUUUAAGGGCUAUUCAGCCAUUCCGCUUUACUCUCUAAAGGACAUGAGCAAGCUUUCAAAUAUGUCAAGGGAGUCUGUUUCCAACCCAUCAAGUACACUGAAUUAGAAUAUUUUAAAAGUGUAUAAAAUUCCCAAUUCAGUCACAAUUUAGCCAAGAGCAAGAUAAAAACUUGAAUUAAAAAAUGUGGCAUAAAUCAGUAUUUAACCUCAAGUGAUAUUAUUUGAAGAAGAAGAAAUUAUGUUUUUGCUCAGUAAAUAAUUAAGAGAUGGCAUUGUAUAGGAAGGAGCCGUAGACUGAAAGUCAAGAUCUCUGAAUUUCAGGCCAGAAAACUGUCUGUAUGACCUUGGCCUCAGUUCUCUUAUCUUAUCUGUAAAAUGGAAGAGUUGGAUUAGGCAGUUUCGAAGGUCCUUCUAAGUUUCACAUGUUAUGGCAAGAUUCUCUUUUUAUCUGAUAUUUUGAAGGAAUAUCGUGCUUUGAAAUAUGUCUCAGUAAGGUGAUCUAUUUUAGGGCAUCUUUCUUCUUAUCUCUGCCAGUGUUCUUACAGUUCUUUGAAUAUCAUGAGAACCUCAUGUCUGUCCUGAUUCCUUCCUCAUUCACUGAUGCUAAAUACUCAUUUGAUAUAAAGCUGUCAAAUUACCAAAAAAGAUACUGCGGCUUAUGGGUAUUGCUGUCUUGUUUUUGGUGUGUUUUUGUAUUGACUGCCCAUUGGCCUGAAAAUUCUCAUUGUAAGCCUGAAAAAAAAAAAUCAUUUUCCUUUCUGACUGACUACUUUUUCUGCUUGUUGUAAGAAUCAAAUGAAAUAAUGUAUGUGAAAGCACCUUGUAUACUGUAACCUAUCAAUGUAAAAUGUUGAGGUGUGUUGUUAUUUCGUUAAUUAUUUCUUUGUUUAGAAUGGAAUUUCCUAUGCACUAUUGUAGCUAGGAAAUGCUGAAAACAAUUGUGUUUUUUAAUUAAUCAAU